CUCUUCGGCAAUAAUCUUACAGGUACACUACCUGUUUCCCUCGCUAACCUCACCCAAUUAUUCGAGCUUGUCAUUUAUUCCAAUAACAUUAGGGGCUCUAUCCCCUCAGAAAUUGGAAGGAUGGGGAGUCUUACCUGGCUUAUACUCUCUAGCAAUAAUCUUACGGGUACACUACCUGUUUCCCUCGCUAACCUCACCCAAUUAUCCGAGCUUGACAUUUCUUCCAAUAACAUUAGGGGCUAUAUCCCCUCAGAAAUUGGAAGGAUGUGGAGUCUUACCUGGCUUCGACUCUCUAGCAAUAAUCUUACAGGUACGCUACCUGUUUCCCUCGCUAACCUCACACAGCUGGCCGGCCUCGAGAUUUCUUCCAAUCAGAUCAGCGGCUCCAUUCCCCCAGUCAUUGGAAAUCUCACCGAGCUUUACUAUCUAGACCUUUCCCAAAAUUUGUUUAGUGGAACUAUACCAAAAGAAAUCGGGAAUUUCACCAAAUUUCAAUAUUUUGAUCACUUGGAUCUUUCUCACAAUAAUUUAUCCGGCCCUAUUCCCAGAUUAUUUGGCUUUACUUUUCGGAUCACAACCAUUGACUUGUCAUACAAUGAUUUGGAGGGAGAAAUCCCACGAGCUUUUCAAGUUCGAAGCAACCCAAUGCAGGAAUUAAAGGGAAAUAAAGGUUUAUGCGGUCGAGUCACAGGUUUCCCUCCUUGUAAAUACAACAGAAAGAUAAGUCGAGCCGUACUCUGGGUCAUCAUUUUGCUUGUCAUCUUCAUUCCCCUUUCCUUUUUAAUCCUUGUAAUUAUUUUCUUCCGCCGUAAUAAGGUUAGUAAAGAUACUCAAUCUGAAGAAACGGCAAUAAAGAACGAAAAUAUGUUCUCGGUGUGGAAUUACGAUGGAAGCAUUGAGUAUGAAGAUAUAAUUGAAGCAACAGAUGACUUUGACAUUAGAUACCGCAUAGGAACAGGUGGUUAUGGCAGUGUUUACAAAGCACAGUUGCCGAGUGGCCAAGUUUUUGCCUUGAAGAAACUUCACAGGUUGGAAGCCGAGGAACCAAAUUUCGACAAGAGUUUUGAGAAUGAGGUGCGAAUGUUAACAGAAAUAAAGCAUCGAAACAUUGUUAAGCUUUAUGGAUUUUGUUUGCACAAUCGUUGCAUGUUCCUGAUUUACGAGUACUUGGAAAGAGGAAGCUUAUUUUGUGCCCUAAGACAAGAUGCUGAAGCUGCGGAGUUGAAUUGGACUAUGAGGGUGAACGCCAUCAAAGGCAUUGCACAUGCUAUGUCUUACAUGCAUCAUGAUUGCAAUCCACCAAUUGUUCACCGCGACAUAUCAAGCAACAACAUCCUGUUGAGCUCGAAAAUGGAGGCGGUCGUGGCUGAUUUUGGCACAGCUAGACGGUUAUAUCCUGAUUCAUCAAACCGAACUGUACUUGCCGGCACUUGUGGAUAUGUUGCCCCAGAACUUGCUUACACCAUGGUCGUGAAUGAAAAAUGCGAUGUUUAUAGCUUCGGGGUUGUGGCACUGGAAACGCUCAUGGGAAGGCAUCCGGGAGAACUUCUCCAAUCAUUGGCAUCAGCAUCUACUCAUAAUAUAAUGUUAGAGGAGGUUUUAGAUGCACGCCUCCAAGCUCCAGCGCCCGGACGGAUUGCGCGGGAUGUUGGUCUGGCUGCUACAUUGGCAUUUGCUUGCUUACAUUCUGAACCAAAGUUUCGGCCAACAAUGCAACGCGUCUCUCAGGAAGUUCGUUCUUCCAAGUACUCACUAGCUAAACCUCUGUAUAAAAUGUCACUGUCGCAGCUAAUGAAUCAGGAUUUAUAUUUGAUCAAAUAAUCAAGUAAUCUUGUUAUUAGUCAAUACAGAAUACCAAAUAAUAGGAUUAGUUUCUUGCUUGUUGGAAUUCUACUAGUUAAAUGACUUGAUGUAUUUGUAUUUCAGUAACUAAUUAGAAAUCAAGAUGUUUAUCUGUUCAAUCAAUCCAUUGUAAAGUAGGUGUGUGGUAAACAUAUAAAUUAAAUGCUUUCUUAAUCGAGAAAAUGGAUGAUAAUUU